GAGCAGUCCAUCGUCGCCGCCGUCGUCGUGGAGAAGUCGAUCCGAAUCAGACCUGGGCUAACUUUUGUACUGUGUGCUCUGGCUCUGGCUCUUGGACACCAACCCGAACAGCCAACUAACCUAGCCCAGUACCUACCUAGAAGAGAAGUGGAAAAAAUAAAUCUCUUCAGUUUUGUAGCAGCACAAAGCCAACCUCGGAAUCUUGUGAAGUUCUAGAAUAUCAGUGGAUAUUGUUUGUUUAGCACAAGUUCUAGUUUUAAACGGGACUGUGGUUUUAGUUUAGCAUUUAAGAAUAGAUAAUCUUCUUCGGAGUGAACCGAUUUGCAGCCAUAUCGCUAGCUGCUGCUGCUGUCCAGGGAAGAUACUGCAAAAUGUCCGUGAAGCAGCAAGAAGACCAGCUCAUUCCGAUAUCCAGCCUACCGGAAUCGAAGUAACCGAACUUGGAGGAAGCAUUUCUGCAUGAUGGAUUUCAAGGGUUGCUAGAUGCAGUCAUCGCACGGCAAUUGUGAAGUGCAUUCAAUAUUAGUCAAGGUAGCAAUCAAUCGGCAUUUGCUGACCAAAAAAAGAGGAAAAUUUGCCACAGAAACAAGGAAGAGCGCAAGAAAAUUGCUGUAUUUUCCGAAUUGCGAUAGGUAGGUAUGCAAUAUUCGGGAGUGUGAGUUUUCUUUCGCCCAGUAAUAGUUAACAAGCUAAACAGGCAAGCAGAAGCUCCUGGCAAAUUGUGGUUGGGCGACCCUCAACUGAAUGGAAAUAUGUUUGAAUGUGUGCCUGUUCCGCGUAUGUGUGCCGCGCCAUCGCCGUCGAAGAUAAACUCUACUGAAUGAAUUGUGUGAGAGGGAAAAUCUGAGAAGAAAGCGCCCUCGGUCACCAUCAGAAGAAGAGUGAGCCGAAAAAUUACGAAGAAGCAGCGUUUUUCCUGGGUGUUCGUUUUUCCACCACAGCACAGCAGUCUGUGAAUUGCGACAGUGUGUGCCGGAAGCACAUUGGUGGAGGUGAAAAUUCGCCCAUUCAGUGGUUUUGCUGAGCUGAGUUCAGCUGAGAGUACUGUCACUGUCGUCGAUCCAAGCAGCCUGUGACAGAGGAGAGUGAGAAAUUUGGAAAGAACUUAAUUGAAAAGUGAUUCAUUAUUGUUGUUAUUGCCAGUGAGUUGUUUGAGCGAUUCAUCGCCUGCUGCCACCCACCCACUAUUAUAACAACUACUACUCCAAACCAAUCAGGUCUUGGCAUUUCCCAUUCAAGUUUGUAUGAAAAAUCGCUCGUUCGAUAGGAAGCUGUGAAUAAUAGACGACAACCCCCCCGAAAACCCAUUCAAAGGGUUUUGCAGCGGAUCAAACCAGUGGCCAGCUAGUCUCAAACUUUCUCUCUUGAACGCGCGCUAUUUAAGCUAUUUCAAGAUCUCACCGUAGAAUUUAAAACAAGAGUUCAACUACUCCCACUACUACCCACUUAGGAUACCGCAAUCAUAAUACUGCAAUCAUGACCAAGCGGUUCGAGUUCAAUUGGCAGAUUCCGGUUCCGGAGGAGCUCCAGAAGGGAUGCGUCUUCGACCGGUGGUACGAGGACAAGGACAGCAACGACUUCGAGCCGGACUGCACCUUCAAAGUGGACGAGUACGGUUUCUUCGUCUACUGGAAAAGCGGAGGACGGGAAGGAGACGUCAUCGAACUGUGCCAAGUCAGUGAUAUCCGAGCCGGAGGAUUGCCUAAGGACAUGAAGCUAUUGAAUCAGCUAUGCAACAAACACGGGGAAAACGUGGAGGAAAAAUCCCUGACUAUCUGCUCCGGAACGGAUUAUAUCAACAUCAAUAUGCAGCACGUGGUCUGUCCGGAUGCUGCCACAGCCAAGAGAUGGCAACAGGGCCUUCGCGACAUAACACACAAUAAUAAGAUGAACAACGUUUGUGUUCGUACGAAUCUGAUGAAACAUUGGAUGAGGUUAGGAUUUCAAGUUGAUCCUCGAGGCAAAGUACCCGUUAAGGUAGUGGCCAAAACUUUCGCUUCCGGUAAAACGGAAAAGCUGGUUUAUCAAAUUAUGGCCGAUCUCGGACUGCCCAGUGGCAAGAACGAUGCCAUCGAGAAGGCAGACUUCACCUUCGAAAAGUUCUACGAGCUGUAUCACAAAAUUUGUCCCAGAAACGACAUCGAGGAACUGUUCCGUUCAAUCACUCAAGGCAAAGCGAACGUAAUCAAUCUUGAGCAGUUCAUCAACUUCCUCAACGAGAAACAACGUGAUCCUCGUUUGAACGAAAUUUUGUACCCGCUGUACGAUGAGAAGCGAGCGCUCGAGAUCAUCACAACCUAUGAGCAGGACGAAGCCGCCAGAGAUGCUAAAACCCUAACCAAAGAUGGUCUGAUUCGGUAUCUGAUGUCGGACGAGAAUGCACCAGUGUUUCUGGAUCGGUUAGAUAUCUACAUGGACAUGGAUCAGCCCCUAUCGCAUUACUACAUCAACUCGUCCCACAAUACGUACCUGUCGGGGCGUCAGUUCGGUGGCAAAAGUUCGGUCGAAAUGUAUCGACAGACACUGCUGGCCGGGUGUCGCUGUGUCGAGCUGGAUUGUUGGGAUGGGAAAGGCGAAGAUGAGGAACCCAUCAUCACCCACGGUAUGGCCAUGUGUACCGAUAUUCUGUUCAAGGACGUCAUCUAUGCGUUGCGUGAUACGGCCUUCGUCACCUCGGAAUAUCCUGUGAUUCUGUCCUUCGAGAACCAUUGCUGCCGGGCGCAGCAGUACAAACUAGCGAAAUACUGUGAUGAAAUUCUGGGCGAUCUUCUGCUGAAGGAACCACUACCAGACUACCCGCUUGAACCCGGUGCUCCGCUGCCCCCACCAUCGGCUCUGAAACGAAAGAUCCUGAUCAAGAACAAAAGAUUGAAGCCAGACGUGGAAAAACGGGAGCUGGAACUGUUCAUGCAGGGCGAGUUCGUUGCCGAGGAUGACGUUAAGGAAGAUGCCAGUGCGGUGCGAAAGAUGGAUGGCGUUGAAGAAGGUCCAGCGGUAGCAACGGCAGCUGCUUCACAAGAUGGCGGUGAAGAAGUUCCUGUCGUGCAGUAUACCGGUUCGACGACCAAUGUACAUCCCUGGUUAUCGUCAAUGGUCAACUACGCGCAGCCCAUCAAGUUCCAAACGAUGGAAUACGCCGAGCAGAAGAACAUUCACCACAACAUGUCCUCGUUCUCGGAAACGGCCGGAAUGAACUUGUUGAAGCAACAGGCCAUCGAGUUUGUAAACUACAACAAGCGGCAAAUGUCGCGAAUUUACCCCAAGGGAACACGAGCAGAUUCGUCCAACUAUAUGCCGCAAGUGUUCUGGAAUGCCGGUUGCCAGAUGGUGUCUCUGAACUUCCAAACUUCCGAUCUACCAAUGCAACUCAAUCAGGGUAAGUUCGAGUACAAUAACAACUGUGGCUACCUUUUGAAACCGGACUUCAUGCGUCGAGCGGAUCGAAGUUUCGAUCCCUUUGCCGAUGCACCAGUCGAUGGUGUGAUUGCCGCAUCGUGUGCCGUGCAGGUUAUUGCCGGUCAGUUCUUGUCUGAUAAGAAAGUUGGAACAUACGUUGAAGUCGAUAUGUACGGUCUACCCUCGGAUACCGUCCGAAAGGAGUUCCGCACCCGUUUGGUUCCAGCCAACGGUCUCAAUCCAGUGUACAAUGAAGAACCGUUCCUCUUCCGUAAGGUUGUCUUGCCAGAUCUCGCAGUGCUUCGUUUCGGAGUUUAUGAUGAAAACGGUAAACUCCUCGGUCAAAGAAUACUUCCCCUCGAUGGUCUUCAAGGCGGUUAUCGACACAUUUCUCUACGAACGGACGCCAACUUCCCGAUGUCUCUUCCUAUGCUGUUCUGUAAUAUUGAACUGAAAAUUUAUGUACCCGAUGGCUUCGAAGAUUUCAUGGAUGCUCUUUCGGAUCCUCGUGCUUUCAUGGGUGCCGCAAAAGAAAGAUCUGACAACAUGAAAGCCAUGGGCAUCGAAGAGUCGAGUUCCGGUGCUGCUGCCGAUGCAAGCAAAGGUAUGAAAACUACCGAAGUAACCGAACCACCGCUGGUGUUCGACCCAAUCACGGUAGAAUCUUUGAGACAGGAGAAGGGAUUCCAAAAGACGGCUAAGAAGCAACAGAAGGAGCUAGACAGCGUUAAAAAGAAGCAUGCCAAGGAACGAAUGGGUGUGCAGAAAACACAGAACGCUGCCAUCGAGCGCCUCAUCAAGGGCAAAAGCAAAGAGGAGAUCAAGGCCGAUCCAGCUAUAAGGAAGGUAAUACAGGAGCAGAACGCGGCCUGGAGCGAAAUGAUCGAACGUCACAAGAAGGAAGAGUGGGAUCUGCUGAAGCAGCAGCUCGACGAUCAGAAAGAGAUCCUGCGAAAGCUGAUGGAGACGACACAGGCGGCCCAGAUGAAACAACUGGAGGCCAAACACGAACGGGAGGUCAAGGAACUGAACAGUCGCCAGGCCAAGAUCUCGGUCGAAACUUCAAAGGAGGUAGCGAACGAUAAAACUCUAAAAACCAAGGGUGAAAAGGAUCGUCGAUUGCGAGAGAAAAAACAGAACAACAUCAAGCGUUUUAUGGAUGAAAAGAAGACCGCCGGCAUCAAGCAGAGUCGUGAGAAGGAGAAGCUCAAGGUGACCCACGACAAGCAGCUGGAAGAGCUCGACAACGAUGUCCAAAAGCUAAUCGACAUGUACAAAGUUGAUGAGGAGGAGUACAAAAUGAUCAGCAAGUUGGAGUUCUACGCUUAAAUCCACUCCUGUAGCCCAGUUGCAGAGCGCGACGCGAGGAGUCGAAUGAAUAAAAAAAACAUAAACUUUAUACCCAACCAGAAGAACUGAAUUUUUAUAUAAACAGGCCGCCCGCCCUUAUUCUUCUCUGCAAAUCCAGGAGGUGGAUAACAGGAGAAAGAACAAAAGGAAGCGAAAUACUAUCUCGUUAAUUAAACUUUUAGAACUAAAGUAACUGAUUUAGGUUGAUAAGCGCAAAAACAAGGAGAAAACAAGAAACUGUGGAAAUAUUUAUGGAUCACACAUAUAAAAAGAAAAACAUACUGAACGUGUAUAUGAUGAGUACGAAAACCCCAUAUAUUUUAAGCAAAUGUUAGAAUGAAAAGAUAAAACAAAAUCUCCAUUAUCAAACUUAGUGGUAAAGAAGUAUGUAUCAAUUUGAACUUGAAGAAUCUAGGCAAACCACAUAAACGGUGAAGAUAGAAAAUAUUAUACUGAACUAGAGAGUAUUAACUACUUACAUUUAUCACUGAGAUAGAACCCUUUUAGGAAAGAGCAAACGCAAAAGUGAGAUUAGUUGUUGUUUUUAGUAACAUUUUUUUUCCUAUGAGGAAACUUUAAAGGGAGAAAAAAAAAACAAAGGGAAGAGUGACUUUUCACCCAACCCGACGAUAAAAGUCCAUGAGGGAUAGUUUUUAAACGUUGCAAAUAAGAAUAAAAACAUACAUUUAAUACUAUGAAUCUAAUGAAAAUGAAAGGGAACAAAAGAAAUUUUUGCUAUAGAGGAAAGAAUCAAAUUGACUAGUAAUCGCAGGACAAGAAUUAAGUACUAUAUCAAUGCUAUUAAAAAUGAGAUGAAGAACAGUUAUUGAGUUAGAAAGAGAAUAGUUUUAUUUUGCAGUUGAUGUUAAUAUAAUUAAACUUUUUCCUGAUUUUAUCAAGAGAAGUUUUUGUUUAUGUUUUCAGCUUCUGAUAGAUGUUGAUUGUUAUGUCCAUUUUCUUUAAGAAGGUCAAUUAGAAAUUGCAUAGGAUAAUUUAUCUAGCGCCCCCGUUGUUUAAUUUUACGAAUAGAUUGGAUAAAAAUCUAAUGGAAGCAAUCCCUUUAGCUGCAUUUUCAGGAAGCAAUCAAAGCUGUUUUUAAUUGUGGAAACUAAAUAUUUUAUCCAAGGAAGCUCGUCGUGCGUUCAGAUAAACGGAUGGCACGUAAAUAUUUAUGAACAUGAUAACCCCAAAGUAUAUGCAUUAAAAACACACAUCACAAAAAGUGUAUAUCGAAGAACAAUUUUAAAUCCACUAAUUCAAAAUGAAACAAGUAAUAAGCAAGACGUAUUUAAACAGUUGCAAACUAGACAUACCAAAUUUUAAACAAGUUACUGAAAAAAUGGGAAACCAAAACUAUAAUAUAUUUAAUAUGUAUAAUGAUCAGAUAGGACAACAACAGUAUCAUUUACUAUUAAGCGAACAGAAAAUCCUUCUUUCAAAAACUCCCCCCUCCCUCAAAACGCAGAAUCACCUGUCCUUACUUCCCGCAGUAGGAUUCGGUGUAUCGAAAGACAGAAAAUGAACUAUAACGCCAUGUUACACCAACUUUCACUUAAGAAAUAAUCAAUUUCAUCCAUCUUAUUCAUAAACAAAUCUCGAUACAUUUAAACUACAACAAGAAUCAUGAGUGCCUAUAAAAAAAAACAAAUCAAACCCUAUACUUUUUUAUCAACGAAGAACAACGUGGCGGUGAAAUUUCCUGUUUCCCAUCAGAAAAUAUCUCGUGUCAUUUAGAACCACACAAAAAACACAAUGCAAGAAUGUGAGAGAGAGAAAGAGGAAAAUCAAGUGUGGUUAAGUUCACUGCUUGACAAAACAACUAAAUAGUACGUUCGUAGUCGAAUAUAAAACUAUAAAAGUCAUUCAACGAAUCUCUCCUCCAAAGUUCACAAUUGCAAAGAAAGAAACAAACUAAACUAAUAACCGUUCUCAAAGAGAAAAACACACAAUUAAAAAGGAAAAAAGGAGAAAAAACAAAAAAACGUAUGUUUUCUAGUCGUUACUUUUUAAGAUAGAAAAAAACAGCAACAACAAUGUAAUCAUCACAAAUUAUGAACCAAAAGUUUAAAAGCAAUCGUUUCAUUUCCUGUUUUCCGAAUGAAUGGUUGAUACUACCUAUAUCCCAGAAUCUUCCUUUGACAGCAUAAAUCCAUAAACAUAUGGAUUGAAAUAUGACAAACGAUUGUAAACGAACUUCAAAUCCAGUAUUUAUGAACUCAUGUAACUCCGAGCGUUAAAAUUCGAGGUCUCCAAUCAAAUACAAAAAUCAAUAAGUAGAGAAAUCCGGUUUGAUUUUGUGAUUAAAUUUAAAAAAUAUUUACAAGACCUAUAUAAAAGAAGAGAAAACAUCAACUUACUACACACAACUCCCACACAUAAUACACACGAUCAGGCUCUAUGAUUACUAUUAAAAAGUUCAUCCACAAGUUACUGGUGGAAUUCCGUCUCGGUAUGAAAAUUGUAGUGACGAAAAAGCUUAUAAAACACAGAUUAAUAAUUAGAAGGAAAAAAUAAACAUAUAUAAACGAAUCAAUCACCACACAUCACUGA